AUGAAUGAGACUUUAGGACGCGGGUACGCCCGCAUUGAAGCUAUACGAGCGGCGAGAGGUGAAGCCCUAACCAUGCCGGAGCCCGGAGCUCCCCCACCGGAUAGAUACAACUCCGUUUAUUUGACAUUGUUCGUCGCAGGUGCUGCGUUUUUACUACCAUUUAACAGUUUCAUAAUGGCUGUUGACUAUUUCCAAUACCAUUAUCCGAAAUCCACGAUAAUGUUCGACAUGUCUACUGUAUAUAUCGUGUCAGCGUGCGUUGCAGUGAUUACCAAUAACAUCUUGCUCGACUUCUUCACCUACAACACUAGGAUCACCUUUGGUAUUUUACUUUCCUUGGCGACAAUGCUGUUCGUAGCUGUGUGUAACAUCGGAUGGGAUGGCUUUUCUACAAAUGUGUCUUAUACUAUUAACUUGGUGGCGAUAGGAGUAGUCGCCUUCGGAUGUACAAUGCAACAGGCGUCUUAUUAUGGUUUCACAGGAUGCCUUCCACCUCGAUAUACGCAAGCUGUUAUGGCAGGAGAAAGCGCAGCUGGCUUUUGGGUUUCGCUCGACAGGAUCGUAACAAAAUAUGGGUUUCGUCAGCCAAAACGAAGUACUUUUAUGUUUUUCGUAUUUUCAAUACUAAUUUUGCUUGGACAUUCGAUGCUGCAUCACGUGAUGAUGAGACAUCCGCUCGUACAGCAUUAUUUGCGUUUAACAAAUGAAUCUCGACAUCGACGCCGCAUACAACUCCAUCUAAAUCCUACUGAAGACGCCACUUUGAUGGAGAGUGAGGCUGGUGAAGCAAGCUACGGAGUAUUGAAACUUCAGAGCCCAGCCCCGUCUACUGGCAUAGGAGAAGCAGAGAACACUUUCAGUUUUGCAAACCCUGUUUAUUCUCCUACUAUGACUGCGCCUGUACCUGUACCGCUCGUAUCGCCCCCCCAAAGCGUAUCCGAACAAUCCGCUUCACCUUCUGCGACUCUACGAACUCCUAGACCCUCUUACAAAGUUGAAGACGUUGUUUUUGAAGCGCCCGAGAGACCAAAUUCAUGGAAAAACUUCAAACGUGGUGUUCUGGCUAGAUGGGCUGUCGCCCGAGCUAUAUAUCCAUACAUGGUAUCAAUAGGCCUAGUUUAUUUCACCACACUAAGCCUGUAUCCCGGUAUUGCAUCGGAAGUCCCGUCGUGUCGGCUGGGAUCCUGGAUGCCAAUUAUCCUGAUGUCUUCUUUUAAUCUCUUCGACUUCAUAGGAAAGAUUGCAGCAGCUUGGCCCUACGAAUGGAGUCGUAGUCAGUUAUUGAUGGCAAGUGGCUUACGACUGUUGUUAGUUCCAUUACUUCUACUGUGUGCAGCACCAAGACACUCACCACACAUUGUUGGUGACGUUUAUCCAAUAAUGUUUUCCGUGGUGCUGGGAUUUACAAAUGGACUUUUCGGUUCGGUACCUAUGAUAAUGGCUCCCUCCCGGGUUGGAAGAGAACACCGUGAAAUUGCAGGAAAUAUGAUGACGCUUUCAUACAAUGGUGGAUUGUUAUCGGGUUCCUUGGUAUCUUACUUACUGCUAGGCAUGCUCGGCCCACCAGCGGAAACUUGCCGUAUUUACCCAACGCCUCUUCUACCAACUGUAGCUCCCAUCCCUCCCAACUCCGGAAAUGGGACCUUUGUAUUAACGGCUGUACAUUAA